AUGUCUCCAAAUCCCACGCCGUUAAGAACCUCUCUUCCAUCCGCUCAUGCGGCCUCUUCCACGUCCUCUCGCUCCCAACCCUCGCGUCCUGCGCCACCACGCCCUCAAGCGUCACACCAACAGACGAAGCCCGGUGCCGAUCCGCGCCAUAUGGCCAUCGCUCUACACCAUGCGCACCGCAUCCAGGCUCAAAAAGACACCGAAGCCCUCAUCCUCGACCGAAUUCUCGAACUCGUCUCCUUCCCCUCCUCUCCGGACGCAGACCCCGCGGCUCCCUCUCCCGACGAUGCAAAUGCCUUCAAGGCUGCUCUGGCGCCCUUCCAGCCUGCCGACUACGAUAACCUGAUCCUCGAGCGCAACAUCGAGGGUCUCUGCGGAUACGGGCUGUGUCCACGUGAACACCGCAAGGAAAACGCCAAGGGUACCUAUCGCAUCACCUGGGGUGCAAAGGGGACCGGUCCGGGCGGUCGCGGUCGCGAGAUGAACAUCGUCCCGCGCGAGAAGCUCGAAAUGUGGUGCUCCGAUGCCUGUGCCGAACGCGCCAUGUAUAUUCGUGUGCAACUGGCGCAGGAGCCAGUCUGGGAGCGACGGGCGGAUGACCGUCGAGGAAAGGAUAUUCUCCUUCUUGAAGAAGGCAGAGGCUCCACGAGGAUGAAAAGUCCUGCCACGGUCAAGGAAGUUGCCGGACAAUUGGACCAACUACGACUGGACCCUGGUCAGCCAUCGUCAAGCCACAUGGCCGAGGAUCUUGCGAGGCUCUCCGUCCGAGACGAAAAUCAUCACGAUCUGGCUAUGGAGCGUGGGGACUCGAAUCCAGCUCUGUACGGCGGUCGGGUGGAUGUGCAGAUCCGCGAGAAGCAGAAUCUUAAUCCCACGGCCAGGGCUCCCGAGAUGCGCCCCGGCGAUCAUAAAGGGGGCUCGAUUGAAGGCUACAUGCCCCGUGACGACUAA